AUGGUUGCGAAUAUGGCGGGCACAGACAAAGCGCCGGUCGCAGGUGCCGACGAUGCUACGUCCAGCAACCCGCGGGGAAUCCCACAUGCGCCAUUCGUGGACAAGGUCGAGGACUACGUCGCAGCACGUCAAGAUGUCGAGCCGACGCUGCGGAGCUUCCAGGAGAUGAUCUCGAAAUACCAGUUCAUGGAGAUGAACCUACAGCGCAGGAUGGCGGGGCUGAAGGAGAAGAUCCCGGACAUUCAGAAGACUCUGGACACGGUUCAAUUCUUGAAGUCGAGAAAAGACGAGACCGACCCCAUACAGACGACAUUUGAGCUCAACGAGACGCUCUAUGCCCAGGCGAACGUUCCGCCGACUGACGAGGUCUACAUCUGGCUAGGGGCCAAUGUAAUGCUUUCAUACCCCAUAGAGGAAGCCGAGACUCUGUUAAGGUCAAAGCUGGCUACGGCAAAGGCCAGCCUUACAAACUGCGAGGAGGACUUGGAUUUUCUGCGAGAACAGAUCACAACCAUGGAGGUUGCGACUGCCAGAGUUUACAACUGGGAGGUCGUGCAGAAGCGAAAAGAUAAGGCACUUGACGAUGAGGAAAAGAAGAAAUCCAAAGACAGUGAGAAGUCGCCCAAUGAUUGA